AUGAACGGGGCAUGGUUACCACCUUUCCAACAACCUGGAUAUCGGCCUGUUCCGCAUCUGAAUGUUGCGCCAGGCUGGUGGAACAGCGUGCCCCCCGCUCACUUCGUGCUUAACGUCCCAGUCAACCAGCCACCUGCCCCGCCGCCAUAUCCUUAUCCUCAUCCCUUGCCACAAGCCCCUUACGUCCAUCAGGGUCCUCCGAGAUAUGGCCAAGGUUUCCAAGAACCCAACUUCGUCCCUGUGUUUCGACCGAAACCACGCCAACCACGAAUUGAAGACAUGCCUCCGUGCGUUGACUGCGGCAUAGGACUGGGUCAAAAACAGGUGCGAUACUUGCUUAGUGACAAGGAGCACGAAAAGUCCAAGAAAGAGAGGAGAAGGAAGAAGCGAGCUGCAGCUGCAGCACAACAAGAUGCAAUGGCGAAGAACGCGGCGUUCGUGCGCGAUGAGUUCGGCAGAUUGUUGGAAGAUAGUGUCAGGGAUGUCAUGGUGCGACGUCGGGACCGUUUGAGAGAUCUGGACAUGGAUCCAGAGCCACAUCGAAGGGCCAUUCCGCUGGAGUAUCGCCGAUCAAAAACGCCUGUAGCAAUCACCCAGGACCUUUUGGACUCAUUGGAGAGGGGCCGAGCUCUAGAGCAGGCAGAUCUGACAUUGCAACAAAUUACCGACUUGAUCAGUCGAACCCGAGGGCUAGAAAUUCAAUCUUCGAAAGGUGAUACCGAGGAUGAGCGUCAAAAACAGUUGGAAUCGCUUCAAGCUAAAGUCGAUUGGUUGGAAGCGAGAACAGUGCCAUACGAGCGCAGACCCGAGAUGAUUAUGAAUCACCCUACAUUUGAAGAUGCUCGUUUCGCUGAGGCACGGCAACACUUCGGACGCACUCACAGUCAGCCUCCUCGCGGCCGCCAGCAUGAAAGGUACUUUAUGAAUCAGAGGGCUCGUACGCCUCGGUCACGCAGCCGACGAAGGCCGUACCAGUUUGUGAGCGAGGAAUUGCACUCUCCCUACGAAGAUGGACUUUAUUCGGAUAGCUACGAGGAACUUCCCGAGCUGCGUCCUAGGCAUGCUCGACCUUAUCCCAUGCCAUUUGCGCCUGAAGCGCCAGAUUACUAG